CCGCUCAUCUAUCCUCACACGCGUCGGUCAUUGGAACCGAUCCCAUCAAACAUCUUCAUCUUUUGUUCUUCUUUAGAUCGUAUGGGUUUUUAUUUCCACUGUGAAAGAAACAAAUAGAGAUCGAAGAUGAGUGUAAUCAUAUGCAUCACCACCUUCUUUUUUCUAUAUGUUCGCAAUUCAAUUUAAUAUUUUAAUCAAAAUCAGAUUUCUUCAUAAUCAAAGGUUUUUGAUUCACUAUAUCUCUCUUACGAACCAACGCGUCCCACCACCACCUCCUUUCACCUCAUCACUACCAUCAUCGGCCAAUCGAGGCCAACAACAACCAUCUUCAAAGGGCCUCCGGCAUACCCGGCAAACUGAAUCAGACACAUGAGAAUAUUGACGAUAAGUUGAAGUUUGCCAAUGCAAUUUUGAAAAUACCUAAAAACAAUUGUCUACAAUUUGAAUAUGGAGGUGGAGCUUGUGAUUAUGAAAGGUCUACAUGAAGAUUUGGAGACUUAUGUAAAUAUAUGAUCAUUUUGAAUUGUAGAUCUUCACUCAGAAGCGAAGAAGCAAUUGAGUCUUUAGACUAUAAGAGCGGAGAUGGCAAAUAAUCUCUUCACUCAUGAUAGUUUUGUGCUUGUGGAUGGAUCAAAGACGUUAUCUCAAAUCUUCUUAUAGCAACAAAAGAUGUUGACAUAGAAGAAACUGCUUAGAGGUUACAAAUGAUGGAAUCUGAUUGUCACACAAAAAAUCAUUCUUCCUCAAACGCUAUGCCUGGAUCAAGCAAUAAGGAAAAGUCUGAUCCCUUUGGAUUGAACGCUUUGAUUCGAUAGAGAGAUUGAAAAGUGAAAGCAAAAUUGGAUGGUGAAG